GGGGCGGGGCGGGGGGGGAGGCUGCGCCGUGCGCGCGCGCGCUGGGGGCGGGCCCGGCUCCCCCUGCGCGUGAACCGCCGGGUGGGAGCGGCCGAGCGCGGUCACGUGGGGCGCAGCAUGGCGGCGCGCGGAGCCCGCAGAGCGUGACCGGGAGAGACCGGAGGAGCGUGACCGGAGCAGCGACCGACCGGGAGCCCCCCGCCAUGGUGACCGAGGAGCAGGUCUCCGCCAUCGGCCGCACGCUGCUGGACGCGGCGCAGCCGCUGCCCGCCCGGUUCCGCGCCCUCUUCACCCUGCGCAACCUGGGCGGCCCCGCGGCCGUGGCCUGCAUCGGCCGGGCCUUCGGGGACGGCUCGGCGCUGCUCAAGCACGAGCUGGCCUACUGCCUGGGCCAGAUGCGGGACGAAGCCGCCAUCCCCGUGCUGCUCGGCGUGCUGCGGGACACCUGCCAGGAGCCCAUGGUCCGGCACGAGGCGGGUGAAGCCCUGGGCGCCAUUGGGAACCCCGAGGUGCUGGACGUCCUGAAGCAGUACUCGGAGGACCCCGUGGUUGAGGUGGCGGAGACGUGCCAGCUGGCCGUCAAGAGGCUGGAGUGGCUGCGGGAGCACGGGGAGGAGCCGGGCGCCAGCCCCUACCAGUCGGUGGAUCCCGCUCCCCCUGCCGAGGAGACGGACGUGGCCAAGCUGCGCGAAGCCCUCCUGGAUGAGGGGCGCCCGCUCUUCGACCGCUACCGGGCCAUGUUCGCCCUGCGGAACCUGGGCGGCCGGGACGCCGUGCUGGCGCUGGCUGACGGGCUCCAGGCCGGCAGCGCCCUCUUCCGCCACGAGAUCGGCUACGUGCUGGGCCAGAUGCAGGACGAGGCGUGCGUGCCGCAGCUGACGGCCGCGCUGCGCAGCCGCGCCGAGAGCCCCAUGGUGCGGCACGAGUGCGCCGAGGCCCUGGGCGCCAUCGCCCGCCCCUCCUGCCUGGAGACCCUGCGCGCCUUCGCCCGGGACGAGGAGCGGGUGGUGCGGGAGAGCUGCGAGGUGGCGCUGGACAUGUACGAGUACGAGAACGGCUCCCAGUUCCAGUACGCCGACGGGCUCUGCAAGCUGCAGGCCUGAGCCCGGCCGGGCGCGCCGCCGCCUUCCCCCGGGCGCGCUUCCCCGUCUGCCGGCACGGCUCCGUGCCCGGCCGGCGGAGGCGGAACUGGAUUUGCUCUCUGGCACCAUUACAGCUGCCUUCUGCAUCCAAA